GUCACGCGACCGCCUCCACCUCCCGCCCUUCCCUCUUUACCUCCUGGCCCGCUUUCCCAGUGCUGAGAUAUUCGGACCGCAGCUGUGGAAAGGAGCGACGCCAACUCUGAUCAUGUCGACCACCGCUACUAUCGCCGAGUAUCAAGCCCAGAAUAAAGCCAAGCUCAUCUCUGAGGUUCGACGGAGGUUUGAAGCUGAGUAUGUGACAGAUAAGUCAGAUAAGUAUGAUUCACGUGAUGUUGAAAGACUACAGCAAGAUGAUAACUGGAUUGAAAGUUACUUGGCUUGGAGGCAUAAUGUCGUAGAUGAAACGCUGAAGAUGCUUGAUGAGAGUUUUCAGUGGAGGAAAGAAAUGGCUGUCAAUGACCUGACCGAAGCCUCCAUUCCCAGGUGGCUAUUGGAAAUUGGUGGCAUUUAUCUCCAUGGUUAUGACAAAGAAGGCAACAAGUUGUUCUGGAUCAGGGUGAAGUACCAUAUAAAAGACCAUAAGACCAUAUUGGACAAAAAGAAGCUUAUUGCAUUCUGGUUGGAACGGUAUGCUAAGAGAGAAAAUGGGAAGCCUGUUACAGUGAUGUUUGACCUGUCAGAGACUGGACUAAAUAGCAUAGACAUGGACUUUGUACGCUUUAUCAUCAACUGCUUUAAGGUUUAUUACCCCAAAUACCUCUCAAAAAUGGUGAUCUUCGAUAUGCCUUGGAUAAUGAACGCUGCUUUCAAAAUUGUGAAAACCUGGCUUGGUCCAGAAGCAGUGAGUUUGUUGAAGUUUACGAGUAAAAAUGACAUCCAAGACUAUGUCAGUGUAGAAUACCUGCCUCCUCACAUGGGUGGAACUGAUCCUUUCAAGUAUAGCUACCCACCACUUGUAGAUGAUGAUUUCCAAACACCAUUGUGUGAAAAUGGGCCUAUUGCCAGUGAGGAUGAAGCUUCAAGUAAAGAAGAUAUAGAAAGUGAUGGCAAAGAUACCUUGGAAACAAUUUCUAAUGAAGAACAAACAACUCUUCCUAAAAAGGGUAACAUAAUGGAACCUACUUCCAAAGCAGAUGAGAAUGAAAAAGUUGAUUCCAAAAUGAGAACUUUCAAGAAACCACUGAGUGUGUUUAAAGGGCCCUUAUUACACAUCAGCCCAGCAGAAGAACUCUAUUUUGGAAGUACAGACUCAGGAGAGAAGAAAGCUUUGAUAGUGUUGACAAAUGUAACAAAAAACAUAGUGGCAUUUAAGGUGAGAACAACUGCUCCAGAAAAGUACAGAGUCAAGCCCAGCAAUAGCAGUUGUGACCCUGGUGCAUCAGUUGAUAUAGUUGUGUCUCCCCAUGGCGGUUUAACAGUCUCUGCCCAAGACCGUUUUCUGGUAAUGGCUGCAGAAAUGGAACAGACAUCUGGCACGGGUCCAGCAGAAUUAACUCAGUUCUGGAAGGAAGUUCCUAGAAACAAAGUGAUGGAGCACAGGUUACGAUGCCAUAUUGUUGAGAGCUAUAAACCAUCUAGUCUUACAUGGAAAGAUCAUGCCUUUAACAUGUCAGUUAAAACCAGCGAAGACCUCUGCCAUCAGCUCAGUCGUUUGGUAGCGAGCACUAGGAAGCUUGAAGACCAAGUCCAACAAUGUAUCCGGUUCCAGCAGCUGCUACUUGCCCUAACUGUGCUCUUGCUUACCUUUAUGGUUUCUUUUUUCUAUCUGUUGCACGGUUAAAGAAGUGGGCCUUAGUGGGAGCAAGUGUCGCACAUCUGUGCUUCCACCAAGGAGAUGUACGGCAUUUAGGGGCAGAAUUGAAACAUUCUUGAAAUAAACUAGUCGAAUAAGCAAACACUGAAGAGAUUGAUUAUGAGAGUCUAUGGGUAGUAGUCAAGUAAGUAAAGGCAUAGCUGUUGUGUGACUUAAUAGUUUACAGAUAAUUUAUUUUCCCCUCCUGAAUACUUUUAAAGCUUGUUUUAUCAUAUAUAUAUAUAUAUUUAUAUAUAUAUGUAUGUAUGUAUAUGUUAGCUGAACAGAAAAGUAGCUUGCUUUGUUGCAGCCAAAACACGUCAUCUGCUUUUUUUUUUUUAAACAGUUAUUAUAGCUGAGCCAACUUAGUUUUUCUAUACUGUGUAUAUAGAACAAUGUAUAUUGAAAAAAAAAAGACGUACUUAUACAGAGUCAUUUCUGUAACCAGGACUUUGUCAUUUUGAGAACUACUAACACGUGCUAGUUGAUGUUCUUUUGGAAUGUACAACUACUUAAUGCCAAACCACCUUUAGCCUUUGUUUCCUAUCCAUCUUCCUUAAAGGCCUGCCUGCCUUUUAUUAAUCUCAGACUUUGUAUUGAACAAUCACAUUCUCAUUGAGGUAGGCCUGGGGAACUAAGUCUGGUUGGAUUUUCUCUGAAAUCUGUCAGUAACAUCUGGAAGGAGAACCUCUCCAGUCCUUUUUAUGCAGUUUCAUGUUGCUCUCUGGCUGAACACAUACCUUUUUGCUUCACCGAUUAGAAAGGCCUGAUCCUCCAUUGGACCAUCUUCACCUUCUUUUCUAAAUGAAAGGAGUUAGAUAAACAUAUUUUUUGAAAAGUUAAUUUUUGAAAAAGAUGCCUAGCAGUAUAAUUCAUUUACAUUUCAGUUUCUUGUUAAAAUCAGGCAUGAGAGGGGAACUUGACAAAAGACUGGAGUAUUUAAGAGCGGGGGGGAGUGAAACUUAGGUUGUCAGUUCUCCAUUUUAGAAGUGAAAAAUAUUACUUGGUGAUCGACUGUCCAACCUUCAGACCAAGGUUAACUGACUUGAUCUUCCACCUUUGUCAACAGCAAUACUGAGGACAGUUCCUCAAUUCCUAACAUGAAACACCUCGCAGGAGCAGAGCCUAAUAAAAGUAGUUUGUUUUCUCAUCAAUAUAACCAGUUUGGGUCCCUGUUGCUUCACAUGUAAAUCUACUUUAUAUGAAAGACAAAACAUGGUCUGUAAAAUAAAUUUUGAGUUGUGAUUGAGCCAUGUUUGGAGAAUGUUUUAUUCUGAGGUUGCAGUGUUGGCGGCUUUCAUCUUGAGAACUUGAUGAAUCCAAAAUGGCAUUAUGAAGAAUGAAAAGAGAGACUUCCUUGAAAAUUGGCCUAGGAAAUAAAACCUUAAAUGGAUACUGGUCUGAUACUUUGUCUUAAUUUGGGUUUUUCUGUUUCAGUUUGUCACCUCCAGACGUGAAAGUGACUGCAGUCCACCCUAAGUACUGUUCAUAGUUUCUCCCUGUGUGCACAGCGGUUUCCCCUUAUAUGGUAGAUCGCUGGCUUUACUAUAGUCUAAUCCCAAAUUGUCUAUGUGUUUUGUUCUUUUGCAAAUAAUGUGGAAAUAGUCAAAAUUGGAAAUGUAUUAUGUUUCAUGUGAAAAUUACAUAAACUCACUAAAAUGUUUUUCCCUGAUGUCUGGCCAGUUGAAUUUAAUAACAUAUCUUGUUAACAUUUGUGUGUCUAUUAAAUGUGACUAAGCAAAAUGUACUGAAAAUUAACCAUAAAAUCAAAGGUAUCUAAACUUUUGUACUUGUCUUGAUUGGUUACAUAUAUUUAUAUUUGAUUUUAUUCUGUCUUCCUUUGAUUUUAUUUAAUCACGUUUGUAUGAUUAUUUUGAGUACUCUAUAAUUAUUUUUUAAUAUGUCAUUACCUGUUUAUGACCAGAUUACCAAGGACCAACAUUUAGAUUUAGAGUGUUUUCACUUGGGAAUGGAAAUUCACAGUUUCCAUGAAAACAUUAAUGAAGUAUCAUUAUAGGCAAGUAGCCUAAAAAUACAAUUGCUGGUAAACCUAGUCUCAAAUUUCAUAAUAUACCAUAACUGUUUUUAUAUCUUGCCACUAAUUUUGACUGGAUUUAAUAGCACUUUAUUGUACAAUUGCAAAAAAAAAAUAUAUUCCUAGAAUUGUUGCCAGUGUAAUUUCUCUAAUGUUCUGGUGCUUUUCAUAUAUUUUCAGUAUUUUUAUUACUAUAUUGGUAUUUUCUUUGUAUAAAUUGAUCAAAAGAACAUGCUUUCUAUUUUAAUAUGUUUUAGAAAAAUAAUUACAUUUAUGCAAUAAAUAUCAUCAGGAAAAA